AGAAGGAAGAGGGGGCGGGAAGAAAGAAACAAAGAAGCCUCCACUCUUCGGAUUCUAACCCUGCGUCUCGCCCUUCUCUCUCGACCUGCACCUUCAGAGGCUUUUCCCAGAAUACCCCUCCCGAUCCUCUUCUUAGUCUCCAUUUGGGUUUUGCUACUCUCUCUCUCUCUCGCGUCUUUUCGUUUCUGAAUCGAGCUCGCUGGCGUCUAGGGUUUCUGGUAUCGCCGGAGAGAUUUGUAAUAAACUGGUGGUAUUUCUAUCUUUUAAGUAGAAUUUAUCGCUAUGGAAGGCUUUGGAGGCUCUGGAUUCAACUAUAUGAGUGCUGUAAUGAAGAAGCGGAGGAGUGCUACUUCAAGGCGGCCUCGGCCUGAGGUACAUCUGAUUAUGGAGAAUCACGAUAUGUUGUGUCCUUUAAACAAUUCAAGAAAGAAUUCUCCUGAUGAGAAAGGAGGAAGUGAUGCUAGAUUUGGAAGGAAAGAGUUUUAUGGAAACAACCCUCUUCCAAGAAGCUCAUCUGUUAACAACAUUAAAGAUAAAACAUCUUCAAAGAAGAUUAAGAGGGAUGACAAGGCAUCCAGUGAUUUUGAUGGUUGCUGUGGAAGUGGUUGUUCGGAAGGUGAGAAUGGAUGUGAUUUGAAGCGCUGUAGCGAAAAUGCACUCGCUUCAGGUAAGAAGAGCUCAGACAAAACUAAAGAGAGCUUUGAAAUGCAGUCAAAAUCCCCAGAUGGCUGCAUGGGCAGGAGUGGUGAUGGUCAUAAUAUGCAUCAGUCUGAGGGAGCCCAAAGUCUAUCCGCUGAGAACAAGCUGAGAAAGGUGAAACUCAAAGUUGGUGGAGUCGCAUGCACAAUGCAUGCAAGAUCUAAUUUAGAGGCUGGUAAUGGUGUCCCUUCUGCAAAGCCUCCAUGUUCUUCCAAUGUCUUUCGGCAUUGUCAAAAGCUUAGCCCUCAGGAUUUCUCUAAUGGUCAUUCACAAGAAAAGGGGAAUGUCUUUCAAGGAGAUGCAUGGAGGGAUUCCAGUGGAUUGAGCUUUUCUUGUGGGGCAAAGGAUGAUUCUCUUGGAAAAAGCAUAUCUGGAAAGCAAACUGACAAGCUUCACGGCAUAUCUGCUUCUGAACCGCUUUGUAAAAGCAAGAGGGUGCCCAAGAGGCAUGUUCUGGAUGGUGCAUUUGAUGAUGGCGAGGAAGAUGCUGAGAUCUGCUACCUUGAGAAGCUUCAAAGUUUCAAGGCUUCUGCAGAUCAAAUUGCAGAGUUUGAAGAUGCCAGCGAGGAUGGUGUCAAGAAGCGGAAAAUCUCCAAAAUUUCAAAAAACAGGAAUACUCCAUAUGAGGUGGAUGAGGACUAUGUUAUAUCACAGUCAAACAAGGAGAACAUGAAAAUGCCAAGAUCAGGAAGGGAAUCUGAUAGCAUAGAUUAUGUUGAAGAGGAAGAGCCUGGUUCUGCUGGUGGUCCUGAGGCCAAGAGAAGGAAAGAGAAGACAUCUGUAGACUCAACAGCUGAUGUCAGAAAUGAGCCUCUUACGACACGCCAACGUGCACUUCAAUCAGGGAAAUGUGGCAAUGGUGAGAGUGUGAUUGAGUUCCCAAAUGGGUUGCCUCCUGCUCCUUCAAGAAAGCAAAAGGAGAAGCUUUCAGAAAUAGAAAUACAAGCAAAGAAAGCAGAAGCUGCUCAGAGACGUAAAAUGCAAGUAGAGAAGGCAGCUCGAGAAUCUGAGGCUGAGGCAAUCAGAAAAAUACUGGGCCUGGAUUCUGACAAGAGGAAGGAAGAAAAGAGGCAGAAAGAGCGAGAAGAAAAGGCUGCUAAAUCACCGGAAUUAGCAUCAAGCAAUAUCAGAUGGAUCAUGGGACCAACUGGCACGGUUGUUACAUUCCCUGACGAUAUGGGCCUACCAUGUAUAUUCAGCUUUAAGCCAUGCAGUUACCCACCUCCACGAGAGAAAUGUGCUGGCCCAUCAUGCACAAAUGAAUACAAAUACCGGGAUUCCAAGUCUAGACUUCCAUUGUGCAGUCUGCAGUGUUAUAGAGCAGUUCAAGAAAAUGCUGGACCACUAACGACAUGUUGAUGUUUCUUACCGUGUAGGUGUUUCUUCCUUUUAGAAGCAGGUUUUUGCUUGUCGCAACUCGCAUGGGGGUUCAUAUGGGGGUAUACAGUCGUGGACUUGCAGACCAAGAAUUGAUCUAUAUGCAGCAUGUUGCAAGCUUGUGCUGGAGGGCAGACCAGAGAACUGUUUUCUGCAUCUCAAUUUAUCUUCCCUUUUUGUGAAACCAUCGCCCUGAAAAGAGAGCACUGUCUGAUCCAUGUCUUGAAAGAGAGGUUGCUUUGUUACUGAUUCAUCUAUAAGCUCACGAAAAGGUCCCUUAUAAGUACUGUUAGGUCUGCUUGGGUGCAACACUGCUCGAUUUUGACAUAAUUGAUUGAAAGUUGUGUUGGACUUCCUCAUUCUGUUUGAUCUGUAAAAUUCUAGAUGAUUUAUUUCUUUUACUAAUUUUAUGAGCGCAGACCUAUGGUUUGUUGAAGAAUUUGUGGUUGCCUGAUAUGCCAAAGACAUUGAUCUUUUUAUCUUAAAUAUCGGUCAAACUCAUAGUGGAUCUACUGUUAAAUUUUUUCUUAUCUUAUCUCUACCCAUUUAGAUAUCCAUGAGUCCUAGCUUCUAAAUAUUUCGAGUUUAUAUUCAUCCAUCAUGUCAAUUUUUGCAUUCCAUCAUAUCUCAUUCAUCUACUUGUUUGUUUGCUAAUGCUGUUCUCUCUAUGUUUGUUUUACUUCCAAAAUUCAGCAGUCGGAUAUAUUUUAGUAACUGUGAAGUAAACAGUUACCUAACUUUUAUAGUAUUGUUAAGUUGCAGCUUUGAGGCCAUUGC